AUGGUUGGGUUCGCGGGAUUCUUUUAUUUCUUGCUCAUAUUCAUUUCUCUGGUUUUGGUUCUUAGAUUCUUGUCCAAAACAUCUCUGCUUCAAAUAUUUAUCAAAUCAUGGCAGUCCUUGAUAGACCGCUUCCACGUGUACCAAUUCUACAAAAUCCCGCAAUUCAACGAGCAUUUCCAAGAAAACCAACUCUACCGCAAGAUCUCCCUCUACCUCAACUCCCUCCCUUCCAUUGAAGACUCCGACUUCACCAACCUCUUCUCCGGCUCCAAGUCCAACGACAUCUUCUUCCAGCACGACGCCAAUCACUCUGUCGUCCACGACACCUUCUUCAGCGCCAAGGUCUCCUGGACCAACCAGAAAUCAUGCCAGCCCGAUGGAAUCAGGUCCUUCGUCUUGAAAAUCAACAAGUCCGACAAACGCAGAGUGUUCCGUCAGUACUUUCAGCAUAUCCUCACCGUCGCCGACGAGGUCGAGCAGCGAAACAAGGAGAUCAAGCUCUACAUGAACCUCUCCACCGAAAAUGAACGGUGGAGAUCGGUUCCCUUCACUCACCCGGCCACCUUCGACACCGUCGUGAUGGACGCCGAGUUGAAGAACAAGGUCCGGUCCGACCUCGAGAACUUCUUGAAAUCCAAGCAGUAUUAUCACAGACUAGGCCGUGUUUGGAAACGGAGUUUUUUACUCUACGGCCCCUCCGGUACAGGAAAAACCAGCUUCAUCGCUGCCAUGGCCAGGUUCUUGAGCUACGACGUGUACGACAUCGACAUGUCCAAGGUCUACGACGAUUCUGAUCUGAAAAUGCUCUUGCUCCAAACGACGUCCAAGUCGCUGAUCGUGGUGGAGGAUCUCGACCGUUUCUUGAUGGAUAAAUCAACGGCUGUGAGCUUGUCGGGGCUGUUGAACUUUAUGGACGGGAUUGUGUCAAGCUGCGGCGAAGAGCGAGUGUUGGUGUUUACGAUGAACGGAAAGGAUCAGGUGGACCAACUGGUUAUGAGGCCGGGUCGGGUCGAUGUCCAUAUCCAAUUUCCCCUCUGCGAUUUUUCAGCUUUUAAGAGCUUGGCCAGUACUUACUUGGGGGUCAAAGAACACAAGCUGUUCCCUCAGGUGGAGGAAAUUUUCCAAAGCGGAGGGAGUUUGAGCCCGGCGGAGAUCGGAGAGAUUAUGAUUUCGAAUCGGAGCUCACCGAGUCGGGCCUUGAAAUCGGUUAUUUCGGCCUUGCAGACCAAUGCGGAGAGUGUUAAGGGAGUGAACAAAGUUGCGCAGGCAUUGACGAAUAGUUCGUCCGGUAGGUCCGUGGACGAGUCGGGUGAACCCGGGGCCGUGUUUUGCAGGGAAAGUGUUCACACGGUGAGGGAGUUCAGGAAAUUAUACGGGCUUUUGAGAUUGGGGAGCAGGAGAAAAGAAGAGCCGUUAGAUUCAAGUUCCGCGGAUAAGGACGGUUCGCUUCACGCCGUGAAAGGGUGA